AUGGAUGGGCGUCCCGUGCCGCCCUAUCGGGCUGUGUCCGAAGCAACGCGGCAGCGCGAGACUUUCAAAUAUGAUCCAACUUUGCUGUCUACAAGCAAAGUAAACGACAGUGGCCAGCUUCGCCCAAGCUCUGAGCUGACGCCUUCCCAAGAUCUGGUCUUGACUGGCCUGGCUCAGUUGGCUCUAUUUCAAACUGGCACUGAGCGGGCCUUCAUUUCGCUCUUUGACGUGGAGCACCAGUAUUUCAUCGCCGAAGCCACUAGAGAGCUUCCCAUAGCGGCAGAGGAUAGCAGCCUCGGCCUCUGGAUGUGCGGCACUGCCAUUCCUCGCGCCCACAGCACUUGUGAGUACACUCUUCUCGAGUCUCACCGCCUUGAGCGAUCGUCUGGAAGCACUUCUCUGGAGAGAGACGCAACUCAGUUCGAUCACUGCGAGAAUGAAGGUGAUCAACUACCAGUUCUUGUGGUCAAAGACCUGGCAACAGAUGCUCGUUUCAAGACAAAGCCCUAUUGCCAGCCUGAGGGUGGCAAUCAUUUCUAUGCCUCUGUCCCAAUUCGCACUCAGCGAGGCAUCAACAUUGGCUCUCUGUGCGUUGUCAGCUCCAUGCCAAACUGCAGAUGGAACGGCCAGUUCUCGACGCUGAUGCGCAGACUCUCUCUGGCCGUCAUGGACCAUUUGGAGGCCAACUCUUCAAAGAUAGCCAACAAGCGCAGCGAGCGCAUGAUUAGAGGCCUGGGCUUCUUCGUUGAAGGCAAAGCCACAGCGUCGUCUCGGAGUCCUGCUGCUGGCCGGGAGACGUUUACAGAAACUCCAGAUGCGUUACGCCUGGCCCGGCAAGCACUUUUGAAAGACGGCGAAGCCCCCAGCAAGCAGCCUCUCCCAGAAGUCACUCCCGAGGCCAAACAAGCCAAGCCCGUAGCAGAGACAAAAUGGGCCGAUACCUUUAUCCCUGGUCCCAACCCAAUGGUUGACACAUUCUCUGAGGCUGCACAAACAAUCCGCGAGUCUCUUGAGACCGACGGCUGCCUUUUCCUAGACUCGUCUGCGGGGUCCUUUGGCGAAUAUGGCGGUCGUACCAAGGGGUCACGAAAGAAUCGCGCUUCCAAUUCCCCGUCUCGGGGUGAUGAGAGCAGCAGCGAGGAUGAAGAUGACGACAGCGGAAGUGACUCCAAGAAGUGGCCGGCCUGCCAAGUGCUGGGCUAUUCGACAACGGAAAGCCGCAGCAAGGACUUGGAAGAUGGCUCGCUGCCGAGAAUCAACAUGGCACAGCGAUUCCUCGCCAAGCUCCUUCAGCGGUAUCCAAAGGGCCACAUCUUCAACUUUGGAAUCAAUGGAGAACUGCAGUCCAGCGACUCGUCAGACGACGACGGCUGGAUGACGGAUCCCUCCAAGGACUCUGACAACAUGAAGUCUGUUCAGCCAGCACCACAGCAGCCAGUGCCAGACGACGCGUCCCAGUCUAAGCGCCAUAGGCGUCCUUGGGCACGGCACAACGAAGGACGAAUCAUCCAAGAGAUGUUUCCAAAGGCCCGCAGCGUGGCUUUUGUCCCCGUCUGGGAUCCCAGAAAACAGCGAUGGUGCGCUGGAGGCUUCAUCUACACGCUGACUCCGACCAGAAUCUUCACAGUGGGCGCAGAGUUGAAUUUCCUCAAGGCCGUCAGCAUCCUGGCUAUUGCCGAGACACUUCGCCUCAAGACAUUUGCUGCAAACCAGGCCAAGUCGGAUGCGCUGAGCUCUCUGUCCCAUGAACUGCGAUCACCUCUGCAUGGUGCUGUCCUCGGCAUCGAGCUGCUUCGUGACACUGAGCUGACCGUCUUCCAAGGCAACAUUGCCCACACCAUUGAGAUUUGCUGCCGCACGCUGGUGGACACCGUGGACCAUCUCCUUGAUUAUUCCAAAGUGAAUAAAUUCAUCCAAGCCCGCAAAACGGGUGGUCAGACGUCGGAGCCUAGAGGGCUACGACAGAGCACUGCACGAUCGGUCGAGGAGGGAAUGCUGAGCUUGUACAAGCACAUUCGGCUCGAUGGUAUUGUUGAAGAAGUCAUGGACGGCGUCUAUGCGGGUUUCAAUUUUAUGCACAUGGCCCUGCAGCUCGCCAAGCACAAGACUUCUGCUCACUCUACAGACUUCACUGCAAUGCGCCGUCUCGACGCCAUGCAAGCUGUGGAGGAGCUUGGCUCCAACGGCAAGGUUGCGCUGGGAGAGGUGACUGUCUUCCUUGAAAUUGACCACGACUGCAACUGGCGAUUCUACACGCAGCCUGGUGCAAUCCGACGCAUCGUGAUGAACCUGCUGGGCAACUCGCUCAAAUACACUCAACGGGGCUCCAUCAAGGUGCGCCUCAGCCAAUCCAAGCCGAAGCGAAAGUCCUCGGCGGAUGCUGUUGUCAACAUUGUCGUGUCUGACACCGGAAAGGGCAUUGGAGAAGACUACCUGCGCAAUGACCUGUACAAGCCAUUCUCUCAGGAAGACCAUCUCGCCCCGGGAACUGGAUUGGGCCUGAGCUUUGUAAAGCAAAUCACGUCGCAGCUUAGAGGGCGCGUUCAUGUGGAGAGCCGAGUCAGCGUGGGCACCAUUGUUCGUGUUUCUUUGCCGCUUAUGCAGACGGUGAAUGCGCCUGAUGGCACUCCACAAAUUGCUGAGAACGAAGGGGAUUUUGACAAGCACGUUGCAGAGGCAACGGGUCUGCGUGUCAGCCUGAUGGGCUUCGAUAUUGGCAAAAGAGGCAGGCGGCGUAUGUUGGACGGAUCCUAUACGGAUCUCCAGGUCGAGGUUGAUCGCAAUUGUCGCGAGUGGCUUGGUCUAAAGGUCAUUACCGAGGCCGAAGCCAACGAGAAGGCCCCCGACUGCGUCAUCUGGGUUGAGGAUACUCUUGCCGCCUCUCCGCCGGACGAGAUCAUGCAUGGACCUCCGUGCGUUGUCCUGUGCAGAAACACUCUAGUGGCUUUCAAGAGCGCAGCGCAGUUUGAACGCGUCAAGGCGCACCGCAUCUUUGAAUUUAUUGCACAGCCACUAACCUUUUGCUUCUUUCCACCUAGUGUCGGUCCCCGUAAACUCGCCAAAGCAGUUGCCAUGGCUUUCAGGCGUGGCAACGAGAUGAAGUCAAUUCCUAUCACUCCCUCUGCAGCGCGGGAAGAGACGGGCGAGCCAACGCUUGAAACGGCAAAGGAAGACGAGGCCACGCCUGAGCCUGAGUUUCUGCUCGUAGAGGACAACAACAUUAAUCUCGACAUUCUAGCCAUCUACAUGAAGAAGCUUGGCCGGGCCUACCACACCGCUACUAACGGCUCUUUGGCCGUUGAAGCCUACAGGGAGAAUCCAAACCACUGCAAAUACAUCUUCAUGGACGUCUCGAUGCCAGUUAUGGACGGCUUCGAGGCCACGCGUCGCAUUCGUGCCUACGAGCGUGAACACCAGCUCAAGCCCUGUGUCAUCUUUGCACUCACGGGCCUGGCCUCGGAGAGCGCGCAGCAAGAAGCCUUUGGCAGCGGCGUGGAUCUGUUCCUGACCAAGCCCGUCAAGCUUAAGGAGCUGGGCAUGAUUCUUCGAUCCAGAGGACUGCUUCCUGAAGAGCCCCUGGUUGUGGUGACCAAGAAUGGCACACACCUUGCCUAA